UUUGAAACCACUAUCAUUACCCGCUUGGAGGAGGCGAAAAGGAGAUUGGAGGAAUACGAAGAGCAAAAUGCCUAUGAUGGAAUGGAAGAGGAACCGGCACCUCAGGAGUCGGAAUUUAACGAAGAAUUUAACGAGCAGGAUGCACUCCUCUGCCUAAGAUGA